AAAGUCACGUGACAAGCUGACCACUCCAAUAUCCGCCUUUUGCUCGUCAACAAACACGAGUUGUUGAGCGACCUUUGUCGUGUAUUCCGAGUCAAGCUCUUGCAAUUGAACGACAUGACGUCGCAACUCGUCUGUUUUGUUCUCCUGUUGUGCGCCGCCGUUCGCUUUGAGGCGGCCCCGCCCGGAAGAGGAACCGAGCCGGCGGACGCAGGAAGGUUUUGGCACAUCACCGACCUUCAUUUGGACCCCACCUACCACCUGGCGCCGGACCCCACCAAAGUAUGUUUCUCCUCCAAAGGGAAGCCCACCACCGAUGCCGGUCCGUUUGGGGACUUUUUGUGCGACUCGCCCUACGGCCUCAUCCAGUCGGCUUUCAUGCACAUGAAGAGCCUCGUCCAACCAAACGACUUCAUCAUUUGGACCGGAGACAGUCCACCUCACGUUCCGGUAAGCGAGCUGUCCACGUCGAUGGUGAUCGAAGUGAUUAGCAACUUGACACAAAGCAUCCGACAACAUUUCCCAAACGUCAGCGUCUUUCCCGCCAUGGGGAACCAUGACUACUGGCCGCAGGAUCAACUGCCUACGUCCACAAACGACAUCUACAAGGCAGCCGCCCGCCUUUGGAGCCCCUGGUUGCAAGACGACGCAUUGAAAACUCUUUCACGAGGAGGCUUCUACACCCAGCUGGUUCGUCCGGGUGUACGAGUGGUGAGCGUCAACAGCAUCCUCUACUACGGCCCCAACCACGCCACCGUCAACAUGAGCGACCCGGCGGGACAAUACGAGUGGUUGGAUGACACGCUGAAAAAGGCGGGCGACGACAUGGAGAAGGUGUAUAUAAUUUCGCACGUUCCGCUGGGAUUCCUGCCCUCGCUCCGUAACGUGACGGCCAUCAGGGAUGAGCACAACGAGAAGCUGCUCAACAUCUUUCGGCGCCACAGUCAUGUGAUCGCGGGACAUUUCUACGGACACACGCAUAAAGAUAGCAUCAUGGUGCUCCUGGACUCCAAAGAUUCACCUGUGAACUCUGUGUUUGUGGCUCCGGCGGUAACGCCUAUCAGAAGCUUUUCGGAGCCGUACUCCAAUAACCCAGCGGUGCGAUUGUAUUUCUAUGACAAACGAGACUUUGGCAUUUUGGACCUGUGGCAAUACUUCCUCAACUUGACCGAGGCGAACCUCGAGCAACGAGCCAACUGGAAGCUGGAGUACAUCAUGACAAAAGCGUUUGGGAUGCCGGACCUGCGGCCGCCUAAUCUUCUGCAACUGGCUGUGCGCUUGUGGCUACCGCCCAACGCCGCUUUCGACACCUACUUUGCUCACUUCACGGUUAGUUACGAUGGCAGGCCGUCAUGCCAGGGAGAGUGUAAGAUCCUCCAGUUGUGCUCCAUGCUCCACCUGGACCAGGCUCGCUACGGCGCUUGCGUGGGGGCACGACAACAUCGUCACAGUCUCGCCAGUAACCUUCUUUGAUAUCCAUUUAUGGAUUUCAGCACGUAUUUGUUUCUGUGCCACUAUCACCAGAAUAAUAAUACCGCCAUAAUCAUAGUAAGAUGACCCAAAAUUGUCUGAUGUGCCUCUCAAUUUUUUUCAGACUUGGCAACAUGAAAUUUGGUUGCCAUGUCUGUCAUGAGUACACCACAAAAAAGUCUCAAGAGGCCGUGCCUGAAAAGAAAUAGGAAGUCUUUUUGCUAUGAAAAUGAUCAUUUUUUUAGUCAUUUAGAAGUUGUGAAUUUGUUUUGCGAAAAAAAAAAAGUGUUUAGGGUGGAAAAUUGAAAACAGGAGUAGAUCCACAAAAAAGUCUCAAGAAACUGUAUUCAGUUUAGGUUUGGCGCAACCAAGCCAGGGUCAUAUUUGAGGCAUCAAAUUGGAUUUAUUUUAUUGAAACCAGUUUAAUUUAACAUGAUGAAAUUUGGUAGACAGUCUAUCAUGAGUAGACCCACAAAAAAAGACUUAAGAAACCAUUCCUGAGGAUACAGGAAGUCUGGCAUUUUAUUUUGGGAGGCCAUUUUGCACUUGUUUUUUGGGGGCUUGGGGGGCUUCUUCAAACACCAAGUUGCUCUCGAGAUUUUCUUUUUCCCCAUUUGCUUCCGAAUUUGGAGCACACAUACUCACGGAUGAUGCGAGCCUGACAAACAUCAUGCACCAUGAAAAACAGCUGCUAGGGAAUUGCAUUGACUAUGAUUGCUGAAGCAUGAGCAUUGCACAGUUGAAAUGAAUGUAAAAAGUGGAUGAUUGUUGACACUUCAUUCUGUCGUCUUCUGAAUUCUGAAACCAUCUCAUUGCUGACAAUUGUUGACUUGAUUUCAAGUUUUGCUCUUUAAAAAAUGCUAGCUGAA